AUGGGCGAGGUGGACGGCUUGGCGACGUACGAGGCGCUCGCCUCCUCCCUUCCGACGUGCCGAGGCCUCGGGCGUGCUCCGUACCGCAUAUACGGCAACUUCAUGUACCCGGCGCACCUCAUGGCGUCGACGCUCGCCAUGCGAGACGCCUUCGUCGCCCGCCCCACCGACGUCGUCCUCGCCACCAUGCCCAAAUCCGGCACCACGUGGCUCAAGGCCCUAGUCUUCGCCGUCGCCCGCCGCAACCACCACGCGCCGGACGACGCGCGCCACCCGCUCCUCUGCUUCAGCCCGCACGACCUCGUCCCAUUCCUGCACACCCUCUACGAAAGCCACCGCCGCCCGGACCCUCCCAGCUCGCGCCUCGAGGAGGAGGAGAUGCCGCCGCCGCGCAUCCUGGCGGUGCACGCGCCCUUCUCGCUCCUGCAGGCGUCGUCUGUGGCGGAGUCCAGGUGCCGCAUCGUGUACCUCUGCCGAGACCCUAAGGACGUGCUCGUCUCGUUCUGGCACUACAUCCACAAGGCCGCGCCUCCGAGCUCCGGCGCCGCCUGCUCGCCGCCGUUCCCCGAUGCAUUCGAACUGUUCUGCGACGGCGUCUCGCCCUUCGGACCAGUGUGGGACCAUAUGGCCGAGUACUGGAAGGAGAGCGUGGCGCGGCCGGAGGAGGUCAUGUUCCUCCGGUACGAGCACCUCAAGAAAGACACCGUGGGGAGCGUGAAGCAGCUGGCGGAGUUCCUCGGCUGCCCGUUCACCGUCGACGAGGUGGCCAGAGGCGUCCCCGAGGCGGUCGUGGCGCUGUGCAGCAUGGACCGGAUGAGGAGCGUCAAGGCCAACCGGGACGGCGAGCACGGGGUUGGCUGGACUUUCAAGAAUUCGGCCUUCUUCAGAAAGGGAGAGGUUGGGGAUUGGAAGGAGCUCAUGACGCCCGAGAUGGCGCGCAGGAUUGACGCCAUCGUGGAGGAAAAGCUGCGAGGCUCUGGACUCUCCAUGAUCCCGUAG